AUGAACCCUUACUCUGAAGAUAGUGAUCGGACCACCGUAGUUGGUUUCGAAGUCCCGAAGUCCCCCGAUUCAACCUAUAACAAUGAAUACCAUGGGACCGAAGACGAGGCACAUGAUCCACCAUUUGUCCCACCUCAUUUGCAGCACACCUUACUCAGCCACCCAGCAAGUAGAGAUACCAGUGGAACUCUUCCAUUGCCUCAGAAUGUAAUUCUCAACCAUCUUUUUAUCGAAAACCGAGACACCCCACGUUCCGUUGUAGCUCUUGGAUUCACACACCGUUUUCAUUCAAAAUACGUCACGGUUGUGCUUUACAAACCAGUUCACAGAACAGGAACUAGCCGAGCUUAG